AUGGCUGACUACCAAUACGGAGGCUCUGAGGAGGAGAACGCCGAGCUACAGAAGCUUGAAAACGAGUUGCUCGAUGAUCCCGACAACUUCGAAACAUGGGAGAAGCUUGUUCGCGCCGGAGAAGCUCUCGAGGGUGGAAUUAAUCGCAACUCCAACCCUCAGGCCAUAACCACUGCCCGUGCGAACUACGACCGCUUCUUAGCCAAAUUCCCUCUCCUUUUCGGAUACUGGAAGAAGUAUGCCGAUCUUGAGUUCUCAAUCACUGGCACAGAAGCCGCGGAAAUGGUAUACGAGCGUGGAAUUGCCAGCAUCCCGCCUUCAGUCGACCUUUGGGCCAACUACUGCGGCUUCAAAGCGGAGACUUCCCACAAUUCUGAUAUCAUUCGAGAACUUUUCGAGCGUGGUGCUGCUUGCGUUGGUCUUGAUUUCCUCUCGCACCCAUUCUGGGACAAGUACAUUGAAUUCGAAGAGCGAAUUGAGGCUCAAGACAAGAUUUUCGCCAUUCUUGCUCGUGUGAUUCAUAUUCCCAUGCAUCAGUACGCUCGCUACUUUGAGCGUUACCGCCAACUUGCUCAGUCCCGUCCUCUCACUGACCUCGCGCCUGUGGAGACUCUGACUGCAUUCCGCGCUGAGAUCGAGGCUGCUCUGUCCCAGCCGGCUCCCGGUGCCAAGGCUGAGGCUGAAAUCGAGCGAGACCUACGAUUGCGAUUGGAUAGUUACCACCUUGAAAUCUUCACAAACACUCAAACGGAAACCACCAAACGCUGGACCUUCGAGUCGGAGAUCAAGCGCCCCUAUUUCCAUGUGACGGAGCUUGAUGAAGGUCAGUUGACCAACUGGAAAAACUACCUUGACUUUGAGGAGGCCGAAGGUUCGUACGCUCGCAUUCAGUUCUUGUAUGAACGCGCCCUGGUGACUUGCGCUCAUUACGAUGAGUUCUGGCUUCGCUACGCUCGCUGGAUGGCUUCUCAACAGGACAAGGAAGAAGACCUGCGGAUCAUCUACCAGCGUGCUGCCUAUCUUUACGUCCCAAUCGCCAACCCCACCAUCCGACUUCACUACGCCUACUUCGAAGAAACAGCCGGGCGUGUCGAUGUGGCGAAGGAUAUCCACCAUGCUAUUCUAGUCAACUUGCCCAGCCAUGUGGAAACAAUCGUUUCUCUCGCCAAUGUGUGCCGUCGUCACGGCGGUCUGGAAGCGGCUAUUGAAGUUUACAAGACACAGUUGAACUCCGCAGAAUGCGAGAUGUCCACAAAGGCUGCCCUCGUCGCUGAAUGGGCCCGCCUUUUGUGGAAGAUCAAGGGUAGCCCCGACGAAGCCCGAAUGGUGUUCUUUAACAACCAGCAGUACUACAUUGAUAGCCUGGCGUUCUGGAGAAGCUAUCUGGUUUUCGAAAUCGAACAACCAACCAGUGCGGCCACCGAGUCUGUCCAGUAUGACCGCAUCAAGCAGGUUAUUUCCGACGUUCGGUCCAAGAGCACCCUCCAAGUCAAUGCUGUCAAGGAGCUGGUCCAAAUUUACAUGAAUUACCUCCUCGAACGAGGCACCACCGACACAGCCAAGGAGUACAUGACCCUUGAUCGAGAGGUCCAUGGUCCCGCAUCUGUUGCUUUUGCUCGUACCGGUGGCUCUGCGGCGGCACUCCCCAUCCCUGCAAACAUUCAACCUGCUCCGGUUCCCAUUCCCCAGCCCAGCCAGGAAGAUCCCGCUUCACAAGCUUAUGCGUACUUCCAACAGGCUCCUGUGAACGGCCUACCCGCUUAA